AACAGGCUUAUUAUCUGCUUUAUCCGUUUUGAAGAAGGGUUAGUGCGGGGAAAGGCGAAGAUGUCCGCCGGAGGCAACCUCAAGGGAGUGGUUCUUAUUGCUAGCGGUGACUCUGGCAACAACGUCGUUGGAGGAUCUCUCAACUUCUUUGAGGACCAAUCCACCGGAUUCACCCACGUGAGUGGUAAGAUAACUGGCCUCUCGCCCGGUCUCCAUGGCUUACAUAUCCACUCCUUCGGUGACACCACCAAUGGCUGCAACUCAACAGGUCCCCAUUUUAAUCCAUUUAAGAAGCUUCAUGGAGCUCCAAAUGAUGUGGAACGGCAUGCAGGUGACUUGGGAAAUGUUUCAGCUGAUGAACAUGGGGUUGCUAAUGUAUCAUUGAAGGAUUUGCAGAUUCCACUAAGUGGACCAAAUUCCAUACUGGGGAGGGCUCUGGUUGUUCAUGCUGAUCCUGAUGAUCUAGGAAGGGGUGGUCAUGAACUUAGCAAAAGCACAGGGAACGCAGGGGCUCGAAUUGGCUGUGGUAAUUUCUCUUUGCUUUCUUUAUACAAUGAUGUGUUUGCUUGUUUAGUUACUGCAUCAACACGCUUCCUUUUUUGCGAACUUUUAUUACGUUCACAGGAUAAAAUAAAAGUUCAUUUUUUGCAGGUAUAAUUGGCCUUCAGUCAGCGGUUUAAUCAACCUUGUAAAUUAAAUAUCAAUACAUAUGAUAUACUGUUCUUAAGGUGCCAGUAAAUGGUACUUAGCCUUCAUCUUAUGUCUUAAAGAAUUGAUUGAAAAAGCAGCUUCAAAUCAGAAAUUAUUAAUUUUUUUUACUAAUCUAAGCUGUAUAUAUCUACAGAGAGAAGUUUGAAGUUUAGAAUCAAUUCUCUCUCUCUCUCUCUCAUAAAUCACCCUAGGGCUUCAAACGAA